CUUGCCGAGCACAUUAUACUGCGACUCAAGGAAGCGACUCCAUUCGAGGCUUGUUGUUAUUAUUCUGAGCUAACUGUCAAACAGAAAGCUAGUUAGCCGUCUAAAACCUAAUCGUCAAAAUGUCUUCAGACUUUGAAACCUACGAGCAGGACUUUGGAACAAUUACGGCGGAAGUAACCAACAAAAUCGGCAGAAUCCCCAAAUUAAGUGGAGAGGAGAAGACACAGCUGGUUCUAAAUGUCGACAAACAGCUUGAAGAAGUCAGAGAGUUGCUGGAGCAGAUGGACCUGGAGGUGCGAGAGAUCCCCAUCCAGAGCCGAGCCAUGUACAACAGCAGACUGAAAAGCUACAAGCAGGAGAUGGAGAAGCUCGAGAAGGACUUUAAAAGGUCACGCAUCGCCUACAGUGAUGAGGUGCGCAACGAGCUCCUGGGGGACGACGCCGGCUCCUCGGAGGGCCAGUUGAUAAAGUUACGUGAAGAGAGGGCGCAUCUGUUGGACAACACAGAGAAGCUGGAAAGGUCAUCACGGAGACUGGAGGCCGGCUACCAGAUAGCAGUGGAAACCGAGCAAGUGGGACAGGAGAUCCUUGCCAACCUGCACACUGACCGUGAGAAGAUCCAGAGAGCCAGGGAAAGACUGAGAGAAACAGACGCCAACCUGGGCAAGAGUUCUCGAAUCCUUACCGGGAUGCUGAGAAGGUAAGCAGCAGGAUCAUCCAGAAUCGCGUCCUGAUCUUCAUCCUCGGAGCCAUCAUCAUUCUCACCAUCAUCCUGGCCAUCUAUUUCAAUCUGCGAGGCCACUGAUCUCCCCCGUACACACACACACACACACACAUAUAUAUAUGACACACACACACACACACACUCCAUCCUCCCCUGACACAAAUACAAACACACACCCGUGUGAUUAAUAGCGACAAAAGCGUUGUUCUGCUGUAAUUAGGACAAAUGGUCCCCAUGAAUCACUGUUUCCAAAGCCUGACAGGGAGCUUUUUUUUUUUUUCCUUUUCCAUUUCUCCUUUUUAGUGUUUGCUCUUUUUUUCUUUCACUCUUUUAGUUUCUUUUUUCUUUUUCUUUCUCUCUGUCAGGCUCUUUCUUUCUCUCAGCUCCAGAGACGAGGGAGAGGAGGGGGGGGGGGAUACGGGGGCCACGAGGUGUUUUUAGGACGGUUCAUAUUUUUUUUUUCGUGUCGUGACCCCCAGGUGAACACAUCCUGGUCGUUUUAUCCAAACUCUUCUUUCCACGCUUCAGAACGUGAGAGCCGUUCUGCGUACGCAUGCACGCACGCAUGUUUGCACGUGUGCAUGCACGAGCCCCCGGUCCCAGGUCGCCGAUGCCGUCGAUGGACGCGCACACACACACACACACACACACACACACACACUAAAUGAUUCAGCUCUUCUUCUUCAUGUAGCCCCCACGCAGCACGGAGGACAGUGCCUUCAGAUGAGUUAUGUAUGCUGUGCACGUCCCUGCUUUACAAAGAAAAAAAAAAAAAAAAGACUCGGCAGAGCCCAAAAUAGACAAGUGGCGCUGGCUUGAAAAGAAAGGAUGCACAUGAAAUAAAAAAAAAAUUAAAAAAAAAAAAAAGGUUGAGGUCGGUUCAACUUCCGCUCCUUUAUUCAAGGUGAAACUUUUGUGCUGCGGAGAGAUUUCAAAAGUGAGUUUGAAAAGCAUCAAACAAAAGUGAUCCUCUUUAACAGAUUUUGAUUAGAAAACGAAGACAAGUUUCUUCUGACAUCUUUAACAUCCACAUUUGAGCCAAUUACACCCCCCCCCCCUCAGUCUCAUGGAAAUAUAGCAGGCGACACACUUUAUGUAUUAACAUUUACAUCACAUUUAACCCUACGAAUGAUUCAGUUACUAUUUAUUUAUAUCCAGUUAAGGUUUCUGUGCUAGAGCUGUUGUAUUUUAUGAAGUUUUUUUUCUUUUCUGAAUUAACGAAUGUUUUCUGUCCACCUUGAUUUUGUGAGACGCACGACGGGACCAGUGUGUGGAUUUCUAGUUUUUACUUUGGCGUCUUAUAUAAAGAUUUUUGUUUUGUUUCUGUUCUUCUAUAAAUGGUUCCAAACUUGUUUUAGAACUUAAGUCUUUUUGUUCUGUUCUUUCUUUCUUUCUUUUUUUUGGGAUGGGAGGUGGUGGGGGGGGGGGGGGGGGGGCGGCGAGAGGUGACACCGCCCUCCUCUCUGUGUUUACCUGAACGCUGACUGACGAUGGUGUUUGAAGACAAAAAAAAUAAUAAUAAUAAUAAUAAGUUUACCGCUGUUUAAUCCUACAGGGGGAAGCCAUUCUUUGAGGGGGGAGUGGGAGGAGGGUGUGGGGUGGGGGGGGGGGGGCUCCAUUUAAAUCUAAGAGCACAUUUGACGGUCUCUGUGAAGGUAAUAUCUCUGGAAGCCCCGUGCACACGGAGGAGCAUCGCGCCGCGUCUCUCGCUGGUCGUCGCGGCGAGGACAUUUGCUAUUCCGUUUCAGGGCCGCAGUCCUCAUUUUCUAAGAUGAAGGAGCACGGGGGGAGGAGGAGGAGGAGGAGGAGGGAGGAGGAGGAAGGGGGGAGAGGGGUCCUCCCCCCAUGGCCCGACCCCCCUCCCCUCUCGGCCACCGUCUCGCAGGCCCUCACCAGCCGCCGCCGCCGUGGCGGCUCCAUGCGUCGUCUGCUUCAAAGCCCCCCAAAUUAAUGGUCGACAAAAUAGUGCGCCUCGCACCGUCCCACGCGGGGACGACCCACCAAGACUUAUCAUUAAAGUCAGGGAAUGGUGAAAAAAAAAAAUGCUGGAAGGAAGGAAGUGAACAAGGAAGCCCGGUGGGGAGGAGGUGGGACGGGGGGGGGUGAAAGAAAUCCCUGGCAGUUUGACAAACCUCAUCUGGUAAUGACCCUCGGUGAUUGUGUUUUUUUUUUUUUUUACUCCGUCACGCACACUGUGUGUGUGUGUGGUUGCUCGUGCAGCCUACCUACCUACGUGCUGAUGUGUUCUCCUUCUCCCUCCUUCCCUCCCAUCUCUCCUGCCACCUUUUCUCCCCCCUCCUCCCCUCCCUCCCUCCCCCCCCCUCCAGCCUGUCAGAUGAGCGGAGCGGUAGCUAGCGAGCGAGCGGUGGAAGGCAGCGUGGCGGCGGCUUCUAUUUGAAGUUGUAAUGGUGUCAAAAAGUCAGGGCUGACUGACAGACGUCAGUCCCACAGGGCCUCAUUAAAAACAGACCCACUUGACAAGGAAAUAAUUGAGCGCCGGCGACAACUCGGGGGCCCCUCCGCGUUUUUAGAUGUUUUUAUUUUCUUUUCAUUAUUAGCGCCGAGCUAUUAUGUUCAUUAAGAAAUGGCAUUAAAACAAGUUUUUUUUUUUUUUUUUUUUAAAGCGGGGUGUGGGGCGGGAGGUAGGGAGGUAAAGGAGGGAGGGGCGGAGGAGGAGGUGGAAGGCAGGAUGUACAGAGGAGGGGAGAUAACGAUUUGUUUGGAGCCCCCCCGUUCUGUUUUAUUAUUUAAACGGGAGCACCGUCAUGUGAUACCUUGACAGACGUUGGCUAUCAUCUCUCCUCCCUUCUCCUUUCUUUUCAUACAUACAUAUAUAUAUAUAUAUAUAUAUUCCUCCUUUUUUUCCUCCUUUACUCAUCCCUUACUUUUCCCCCAAGCUUUUAUCUUCCCCUCCUCUGUCCGUCCCCUUCUCCACCUGCCCUUCUCCAUCCUUUUCUUUCUCUCCCUCUGAGCGACGGGUGUCAUUGGAAUAUGAACUAGAUUAUUCAUCAGAGCCCCCCACACACACACCCACUCUUCCUCCUCCUCCUCCUCCUCCUCCUCCUCCACCACAGCCGCCGCUCCCUCCAUCCCCUUCCGUUCGCUGAUUUGGCUUUCGACAAGCGUCUCGCCGCGGCAGGCUCAGGAUGAAAACUUGUCAAAAAUAGGUUAUAUCUUAUUCCAAGGGGCAACAAUAGCAGCAGGUACAGACACCUUUUAAUAUUUAAUUUAGACGGGUGUUAACCCUCCUUAAGUGACUGGAGCGGCGUCUUCCAUACAGACACCAGGAGAGAAACGUGGUGGUGGUGGAGGUGGGGGGGGCGCAGGGGGAGCAGUUAAUUAUUUGAUGUCUGAAAAGUGAUUUUAGAAGCUCCCCCCUCCUCCCGUCUUUGGGCGUCCGCGUUCGUUUUCCGCGCACGUCCUCGGGCUGGUCGUCCUGCGAGAGCUCCAGCAUCUCGGGCGGCGCCACCCUCGCUUGAUAGCGGCUCGUGAUCAGUGAUCACACGGCGGUGGGUUCGGUUUCUCUUUAUUUUAUCAGCGGGAUUUAUUUUUCCAGGGGGGGGGGAUCAUCUCUUAUAACGCCACCAUCUUUGCAUCAAGCUGGGAAGGCCGGGCUCGGCGGACGCUCUCUCGACGAGCUUCACAUGAAAGUUGUGAAAGAAGGAAGGUUCCUCGUGACGGAACCUCUGCACGAGAAAAAAAAAAAAGGCCUGAUGUUUGUCAGCCAUUUAGGACGACAAGGGGAUUGUGACAAGCGUCGUUUGAGCUGCCUGUCCCCCCGGCGUGGGGGCGGGCCUUAAACGGGAUAAACAGCGCCAGUGGUGGGAUCACAACGGGGGAGGCUUCAUCUUCAGGAGCGGCCAUGAUGCACACGUACACACAUAGUAUAUUAAAAGACACGCGGACGCACAAUGGCACCGUUUGAGAACUACAAUGAAUAUUCUUCUGUUUGAUUCCCGCACACACACACACACACACACACACACACGCACACACUGCUGCACGUAUGGCGUUUGCGCCCAUAUAAAGACUCGCUCUAGUGUGCGGCGCUUAGACGAGGAGCCAUGUUCUCCAUUUGUACACGCCACCCAUCCCGGCAGAAUGGCUUUCUUUCUCUUCACCAUCCGUCUUUUCUUUCGCCCCGUCAGUCAGACAUUUUAUUGGUGUUUGUGCUCACAAUGAAAUGACAAUGGCCCCCAUUAUGGGAGGAGGCGACGGAGGCCCCCCCACCACCUCCCCACCUCCCCGGGCAGUACAUACAUGGAUGUGCUCGUUGGUUGUGUCCCGAUCUGCUCGGCCGCUGCUUUUGGCAAAAGAGACGACGUUUAAUCGUUCGUACGCACAAAUGCUUUUGUUCAGGUCCAGAUUUUUAUCGGUUCUUCCCCUUCAUUUCGACCAGUCAGACUCUAAGCUGCUCCCAAUGCGUAAAGAUGACUUCUGUGAUCUUCUGUAUGUGUUUGUGUUGUUUAACAUCUGUGAUUAAAGCAGUUCUGAAUCUCA